AUGUUGGAAGGGGCAAAACGUGACACUUACCCUGUUGGAUGUGCUUUUGACGAAUCAAUAGUUCACCACGAGUACUUCAAGGAAAAUCCCGAUUACCAGAAUCCUGCUCACAAUACUAAAUAUGGAGUUUAUAAGGAACGUUGUGGACUUGACAAUGUGAUGAUGUCUUGGGGUCACGAUGACUAUAUGUAUUUGGUGGCAAAGGAAAAUAAAUCGACCUUACCUUCAGCCGGCCUUUUUAUAAUCAGAUACCAUUCAUUUUAUGCUUUGCAUCGGUCGGGAGCUUACAAACAUUUGAUGAACGAGGAAGAUGAGGAGAAUCUGAAGUGGGUACAGAUUUUCAACAAGUAUGAUUUAUACAGCAAGAGCAAGGUUCGAGUUGAUGUUGAAAAGGUCAAGCCAUAUUAUCUCUCUCUCAUUGAAAAGUAUUUCCCUGCAACGCUAAGAUGGUGA